AUGUGUCAGCUGAUUAAUCAGAUCCAGGGAAUCGUUUUGCCUGGUGAGUGUCAUCAUCCAAAUGGACAACAACAACAACAACAACAACAACAACAACAACAACAACAACAACAACAACAACAACAACAACAACAACAACAACAACAACAACAACAACAACAACAACAACAACAACAACAACAACAACAACAACAACAACAACAACAACAACAACAACAACAACAACAACAACAACAACAACAACAACAACAACAACAACAACAACAACAACAACAACAACAACAACAACAACAACAACAACAACAACAACAACAACAACAACAACAACAACAACAACAACAACAACAACAACAACAACAACAACAACAACAACAACAACAACAACAACAACAACAACAACAACAACAACAACAACAACAACAACAACAACAACAACAACAACAACAACAACAACAAAGGUCUCAAAGGGCUGAAUGUUCGUUUCCAAGCGGUCCCACAAUUAACCUACUUGACAUAGACUUUAUCGACAAUUUCAACCUUUGGUGUCUACCGAUGGACAACUUUUGUUACCAGAUCAGUUUCUUGCAUCAUUCUUCCAACAUUGGACAAGGAGCUUGGACCGACUGGAACGGCUGA